UUUGUAAACAGCGAACGAAACAUGGCCGCAAAAUCAUCUGUUGGAUUGCUGAUAUUUGCCUCGUGCUUGGCAAUAGUUUCCUGCCUGCAAUGCUACCAAUGUAGCCGUGAAGACGAUAACGAUGCUUUGGAAUAUUGUGCGUUGCCGUCACCCCCUGAACUGGGCAAUAACACAAAAAUCAAUUGCAGUGCAGGUGAAGACCAUUGCCAGAUUACGAAAAGAUUUACGAAGGAAAACUCUGUUGACCUGUUUACAAGGAAGUGCACUGAGAAAAGCGAGUGUACCAACGACUGCUCAAAGCCUGAUAAUAAUGGAGAGAUUAUCUGCGACAUUUGCUGUCAAGAAGAUCUGUGUAACAAAGGAGCUGGAGAGGGACCUAAAGAAAAGUCUCAGAAGUCGGGGACGUCGAGGAUGCAGAUGAUGAGGGGCCUGUCUCUGGUUGGGUUAUUACUGCGUUGGUUCCUUUAA